UUUAUAGUAAAAAAAUAAAAAAUUACUAUAAAAUAUGAAAUUAAUCUCCUAUUCCCCGUCCGUGGCUCUAUUAUUCAACUGAAGUGCGCAAAUCGCUCGCUAGCAGUUUCGGUGAUCUCUCUUCCGAUUUCCUCUGAAUCUAAUCAUUCCCGAUAGAUACAAGAAUGGCAUCCAAUAGGGGUCAAGGAGGAAUUCAGCAAUUGUUGGCUGCUGAACAAGAAGCACAACGGAUUGUGAAUGCUGCGAAAAAUGAAAAAUCGGCUAGGUUGAAACAGGCCAAAGAAGAGGCUGAAAAAGAGAUUGCUGAAUACCGUGCCAAGCUUGAAUCUGAGUUUCAAAAGAAAGUUUCGGAUAGUAGUGGUGACUCUGGAGCCAAUGUUAAGCGACUUGACCAAGAAACUGAAGAAAAAAUCCAUCAUCUGAAAGAAGAAGCUGCAAGAAUUUCGGAGGAUGUUGUUGCCAUGCUCCUUAAGUAUGUAACGUCUGUGAAAAAGUAGGAACCUUUGAUGAUAUGUUGGUGCAGCUGAGUGGACCCCUAUAUUAUGUUGAUUAUCAUAUCACUAAGUUUAUUUUUGGAUCCAGAUAUUAAGGCGUGGAGAACAUUAUCAUUAUUUAAAAUCUUACUUCGAUGUAUUAAAAUAAAUAAAUUUCGAGUUUGUUCA